AUGAAAGCUUUGAGGGAGGAGGAGGAGGCAGAAGUUGAGGAUGAAGACAAAUUUCUACGGGAACAGCAGGAAUCAGAUGAUGAAAAGAAGAAAAACAAAGGUCGCGGCAAAGGACGCGGACGAGGACGGGGACGUGGACAAAAGAAAAAAACAGACGAGCCUGAACUGGUUGAUCCGGAAGGCCAUGGUGACGACAGCGGCAAGACUGAGCGUCAAGAUGAAAAGAAAGACAAAGACAGUGAAACCAAAGAAAGCAGCAGGAGGAGGAAAGCUUCAACAGAUGAUGCACAGAAAGCAAAGAAGAGCAAGAAGAAUGAAGCUGAGGUAAAGAACGAGAAGCCAAAUAAAAAGGAUGAAUUGGACAAAAAAGCAAAGCCAAGAAGAGAAACCAGCAACGCGAAGAAAGAAGUCCUGAAAUCGAACAGCCCAAAGAAAAGUCCUUGGAAGUCACCCAUUGUCAUUCGAGACCGUUUGCGUCGCAUGAACACUCAGCAAUGCAAGCCUUCGGCUUCUGGUGGCAAGAAAAAUGAUCCGGCUCGAAGGAAGCUGGAUGAUGCUUUUGAGGAGGUGGCUGAUGAGCACGGAUCUGGAUCAAUGCCAUCAAAGCCGGAGGCGAAGCCUAAGGAAGCUGCGAUUGCAGAGAUGGAAGCGGUGCUGCGCGAGGACUUGAUUGACGUUCCCAUGGACUGCGUUCGCGGUAAGAAGUAG